GGGCAGGGCUGCAGCUCCGGAGCCUACGGGAGUCUGACCUUCCCGUUUCCUGGCGGGAAGAUCUUGAGGAGAUAUUUUCUUUUCUAAACACUAAGAAAUUUGAGGAUGGUGGGGCAGAACGACUAAGUGCCACUUUCCUGUGACUCUGUAGCCGGAAAAGUGUCAAAAUCUGUGGAUAAAUUUAUGAGACAAGAAGAAGAAUGGCAUCCAGAAUAAAUACCAAUUUCACUUUGAUUCCCAACCGGAAACUUAGACGUAGUAAUCGUCAAACCAGCUGUUAUUCCAAGACCCUUGGCUCAGGCUUUCAACCCAUAUCAACAUUUGGAAAUUUUAAAGCCUUACCAUUGGAAAUAUUCCAGAUAAUUUUAAAAUAUUUGUCAGUGAAGGAUAUCAGCAUGCUAAGCAUGGUGUCCAAAACAGUCAGCCAACACAUUAUUAAUUAUAUCUCAACCUCAUCAGGAAGCAAAAGACUUUUACUACAGGACUUUCAUAACCUUGAACUGCCUGACAGGAGACAAGACUCUGCUAUACUGGAGCACUACAGAUCUCUAGGUCUACUGUUUAAAAGAUGCACAUUGCUGCUACCCACCAAGGAAAGGCUAAAGUACAUUCACAAGAUACUCACAGAAGUUUCCUGCUUUAAAUUCAAUGGCUGUGCAGCUCCUAUGCAGUGUUUAGGAUUAACAUGUUACGGCAUGUUUUUACAGACCUUAACAGCAGGUUGGGAUGAACUUGAGUGCCAUCGCGUUUAUAAUUUCUUAUGCGAACUGACUAAUCUCUGCCGCAAGAUGCAAAUGGCUGUCUGCAGCAAACCAGGAAGUGCCCGAAAACUUGAGUUAAGGAUCAGACUCUUCUGUAGGAAUGUGCUCCUUGAUCAUUGGACACAUCAAAGUGAUUCUGCUUUUUGGUUGACACGAAUAUUAAAACCAUGGCCAAUGGUGAAUCAGGCAAGAUUACUGUAUAUCAUCUUUGGGCCAAUAUCUCCUCAAGAUGGACAGGUGGUUUGGCAGAAAAUGAUAGAAGAACCUACAGAUGAAUUCAGUCUGAAAGGUUUGGCUGAUGCCAUUAAGUUACUAUAUGACGCUAGCACUAAAGAGUGGACAGCAGAUGAUGUUAUCAGUCUUGUAGAUGAACUAUCAGUGGUUCCCCGUGAGUGGCUUCUAGAGAAUAAUGCACGUCUCCUAAUGCUAAGUGGAAACAACAUCUGUUUCACUUUCAUGGCUAGUAAAGCUGUGAAUGGACGGACCAUUGAACUGGCAAGGCUCAUAGUCUUUUUGGCUUUGGUGUGCGAGAAAGAACUAUAUUGCAUGGAUUGGACAGUUAAAAUGAUGCAAAAAGUCUGCAAAGUCUUUAGCACUCCAGUGGAAAGAAAUAACUUCCUGCAGAAUGUGGCAAAUGCAUUUGCAUGUGUUAUAAUGGAAAUGCUGCAAUCAAUUAUGUCUGGAGACCGUGAUGAAGAUGACAGAAGCUUUCUGAAUUUGUUCCAUCUUGUACAUGCUCAGGCUAACUUCCAUAAAGAGGUCCUGUAUUUGACCAUGAAUACUUCUCUGUCUGCCUAAAUCCUCAAAAAGCCUUGCCUUUAGAGAACCUCACUGAACUAAUGAUUAGAGGAAUGGUACUUUUUCACUCAAAAAAUAGCAUCCAUGGGACUUUUUAUCAUCUAAGUAAGCUAAGAAUUCAAAAGCUGGAUAGAAUUUUAGAAGCAACUACUUACAUCGUUAUUAAUAUAAAAAUAACAGGCAAACUCAAGAAUGAACUGAGAUUUCUCUGGAAAACAAGCUCUGCCUCUCCAGGUUUUAGUCAACCUAACACCAAACCAAAAUAGAAUGUUAACUGUUCAAGAAUCUGGGACCGGCCAACCUGUAUGUGUGGAUUUUUGAAGCAAGAGAAAAUUCCAUUUUAUAGUUAGACCCAAAUUCACUAAAUAGUAUGUGUGUUCACUUUGUUUAAGUUGUAUAGACAUAGCCCAGAAUGUUUUGUGAAGAUUUGCAAUAUGGUGUUUUGGAAUGUGUAGAAUAUAAAUCACAGUUUUUACUACCUUCUUGGCAUAUGCUUACAAAGAACAUUAUAUUUUGUUCAUGUUUUACAUGAACUAACGGAUAAAAAAGCAUACAUAUAUGUCUGUGUGUGUGUAUAUAUAUAUAUAUAGAGAGAGAGACAGACAUAUAUUUCCUUCUGUAAGAUAAUCAUACAAAAGGUCUAUACAUACAGGAAGGUGUAUAUUGUCUCAAUACAAUCAAAUCUUUUACUGGGGAUUCAAAUAAAAUAUAGCAAAUAAGAGAAAA